AACACUUUUCCUAAACUACUACACCCACCUGUAACACUAUAUAAUCAAUUAUGGAUGCCAGUCGUAAGCGGAAACUCAGUCGCCAGGACCAUUUCAACAACUAUGAGAAGCUUCGACAACGUAUGAAAACCCAACUCAGCUCUGCCCUGAAGGGACAGGCCCUGUCCACUAUCCUAAAUGACAUAGAUGAACUCACUCGAUUGUAUGGAGCUAUCCAGAAUGAUCGAUUGAGAUUGGAUACCAAGAUCCAAUUGGAGGAUUCUGAGGUGUUUAGGGAAGCAUCGGAUGUCGCUGCGAUCAAUGCUAGGAAUAUCCGGCUUGGGGACCUUGGGAUUUCUGUUAAUGAAGAGGACUUUAUGAAUAGUUUGAAAGAAUUUGCUGGAAGAUCAGUACAAGAAGGUAAUUAUGAGGAAGACGAGGAAGAGCCUGAUGAGUAUAGUUUCAAUAAGACAAAUUGGCUUAAAUUAGGGGUGUUGUACCAUCAAGUUAGUAAGAAGCCUAUCCUGAUUGAUUUCCUAAAUGGGCCAUUGGCAACUGAAAGAAGGAGGCCAGUGGUUCGAACACGAAAUCAGGAUGAUACAAAGUCUGCACAUUUAACAACUGCAUCCAAUGUCAAUGCAGAAGAUAUCACCAUCAAUGAAGAGCACAACACGGCAUACAUGGUAAGAAUGGUUUAUCAAACAUAUCUAGAAAAAGGUGUUCCUGAUGAAGGCAUGAAUUUCUUUAAAUUUUUCAUUGAUCCUGAGUCUUUUGGUCAAUCGGUGGAAAAUUUGUUCUAUACCAGUUUUCUUAUCAAGGAUGGCAGGCUAAAGUUGUAUCAACAAGAUGGAAUACCGUAUAUACAGAGAGUAACUCAACAGGAAAUGGAGCAGGAAGAUAAAGCAGUGACACAUCAUCAUAUUGCCCGGUUUAAUUAUCAAGCGUGGGAGUUCUAUAUUGAAAAAUAUGAAAUAGAACUGUCGUUUUUAGGACAUCGUGAUGAAGCUCCUGAAGAUGAAAUACCCGACGAUGAAUUAGACGUAUAGACAGAUGUUGUUGUUAGAACGUUCCCGUUCUAUACACACGAGUUUCUCCUCCUAUGAAUAUGUGCAAGUUCUAUUAGGAUAUAUAUACAAGUUAAAAUUUACGUACAUUAUUAUAUUCAUCAUCACUCAUUUCAAUCCAACCAUCAACAUCCAAAAUCUUAUCCAUGGGCCAUCUAAUAAUAGGCAUUAUUUCAAGACUUGAUUUUAAUUUCAAUUGUUCAAACAAGUUUAUACCGGCAUUACCAAUCAUAAUAGCGUUAUCUGUACAUAAGGACAAAUCGGGGAAAUGGAAAGUCAUGGAUGGAACGUCCAAAUGAUCCAACUUUAAUUCAGUUUCUAAUUUCUUUCGUAAUCGUUUAUUACUGGCGACACCACCAGAACAGAUGAAAUGCUUCACACCGACAAGUUUCCCAUCUGCUCUUGGACCAGUGCCGUGAAUCUUGAAUGCCAUGUUGAUUCUGUUUAUCAUAUGGUCGAAAAUGCGUUCUUGGAUCAUAUAGGCCAACAUUCGUUUCGUCUUGGGGUCGUAUUGUUCGCCUUCGUCUACUUUCCCUUUAUAGUAUGCUUUGUAUUGUUGUACUGAACUCAAGAAUUGGGCAAAUUGAAAAUACAUAUCAUCUUUACUAAAUGCGCCGCUGAACGGGAUAGUUAAUUUGAAAUUAUAGUCAUUGGCCUUUCUUGUGGACAUAUCCAUGCGUUCAAACUCGUCGAUCUCCUCCUGUGGUAUGGCAUCGACGAACUUCUCCAACUCCUUGCCGAGCAUGUUUCCGUGCAUGCCUAGUUCUCGCGCACACUUGUCGAGAGAAUCACCCACGGCGAUUCCGCUCACAUCGAGGAUGAUUUCGUGGUCGGUUAGUGAUUUCAGAAGGAUCACCAUGGUGUGACCCCCGCUGCAUAGUAAACUCAAGAAUGGAUAUUCUGGAGGUCCGAUGUCGGGCUGUUCGGUCUUUGGGAGUUGUGCUGUGAGUAAAUGACCAAGCAUGUGGUGCACCCCGACUAGUGGGACGUCCCAUGCAACAGAUAGUCCCUUGGCGAACUGGAUACUGGAACUUAAAGAGCCAACCAUGCCGGGACCUCGAGUGACACAAAUCAAAUCAGGAGGGUUGGUACUGCUUAUGUUGUGUUUGGCACAUAGGUCCUUAGCGAGUGAAGCCACAUUAGUGUGAUGGAAGUUUAUGGCGGCUGUGGGGACGAUCCCACCCACAUCUGCUGAGUCUAGAGUUUUCUUGAAUUGGUCUAUUACUAGCGGUGGUUUGUCUGGGUGAUAUUUGUCGAGAAGAGCAACACAGGAGUCAUCGCAUGAUGAUUCUAUGGCUAGGACUUUAUACGACCGGAUAUGUUGUAGGGAUCUCGGGCUUUUUCUUAUUAUGUUUCUGCAAAUCAUCAUAUCAUAGUAGGGUGUGAGAUGUGAA